CCACCGUUGGGCGCAUCUUCCAAAGCAUUUCGGUCCGCUUGGCGGAUGAUUUGAGCCAGCAACUGCGGCUUGGUUACGAGUACGCUUUUACGGGAGUUUUCAAUUCGUUGAGUCAACUGUUCAACGCGUGGCAGGUGGAGAAGCUGUGAUGGAUGCUACUGCGGUUGGUUUGGUUUCCGAUCCCGAUGAGCUGCGGGAGGUGUCUCGGGUAGCCGUUGUGGGGACUUCUCACGGGAGUAAUGCGUACGGGGAGUUCGUUUCGCAGGAGGUUUUCAGUCAGGUGGAGCCAACUGAUUGCUUAAAGGUGGAAAUCGGUGAGGAUGAGUUGAACGUUUUGAUGACGUGGGAACCUUCGCCUCCGGCCGAAGGUAAUUCUAGUGGCGAUUCGGAUGCAACUUUUGAUUCAACGAUGGUGUUCAGUAUGAAAAGCACUCAAGGGUGGACGUUACCAGAGCAAUACACAUGCAGUGAAAUCAAGCAGGAGGACUCUGAAGCGAGCGUUACAUCAGUGUAUCAAGAGUUAUCCACCAUUCCAAGCUCGAUCCGUGAACUGUACACCUCAGUAACCGAAAAGUACAGCGAUUUCUGUUUCUCGUACAUGCUGGCGGCGCAGCUCUGCCAGGAUGAGGUGCCCGCUAGUGCUUACAAUAGUCUUAAGCUAAGUCUACUGCUAAGCAUAGCGUCAAUUCAAAAGUCCAACCAAAUUCAACCGUUCCACGUGAUCGCUUUGGGUGCCGACACGGCCAUCUCGCACAGGUUGAUGUCCUCGAUCGGGCAGCUGGCGCGUCGCUUCGCCACCGGAAUGCUCGAUCCGCUGGCCGGCGGUCACGUGUUGGACGAUAACUUUGUCGAGUGCGGUGCGACGACGCUGGCUCGUACCGGCGUUUGCUAUAUCGGCGAUUGGGCCAUGCAGAAGCCGAGUAACUCGAUCCGGCUGCUGCGUGAGAUCGAAUCCGGGUUGGUAAUCAUUGAGAAUCAUGCCAUCACGUAUCCGCUGGAGUGUGCUAUUUGGACCAGCUGGAAUUAUUCGCACAAAGCCAAACAGGAUCUGAGCACGGUGUUGACUUUCUUGAAUACCUUUGGAAUCCCGAUUGUUCUACCGGAGGAAACACCGUCUUCGGUGAUUGAUUUCAUUUUGGAACGAUCCCUCGCCAGCUUCGAACCAGCGGAUCAGGCGGUGCUCGUUAGUGGAACUGACGUUCGACAGUUUUUAAAGCUGAUGUACCAUCAGGAGGUUAGCUUCACGGAGGAAGCUGAAAAGCUACUGGGGGAUUAUUUUGUGACUACAAGACUAACCGUGCCAGAAUCACUAACGCAGGCUUCUUUCCUAGCGCUUCGCAAACUAACGGAAGCUCAUGCGCGUGUCUGCUUCCGGAAUGUGGCCACCCGCUUGGAUGCCGUAGUGGCUGUGAUGAUCUGUGAACGCUUUAUUCACAGCGUUUCCUCAAACCCGGGGAAUGCAGCUCCGCUGCAGAGCAGCUUUACCAACUUCGACGAACUGGAACAGUAUUUGGUCCGAUUCGAGUGCUGGUUAAAGGAGUUUCUCAGAAAUUCAACACCUCGCUAACGCCUACAACUACUCUAAUUGUACAUUUCUCCAAUACUUAAUCUAAAUA